GUGUGCGUCGCUGUGAUGAGCCUACCUGUAUGUCUGUUCCUGUUAUUUCGUCCCACAAAACAUCGGCUAUUAUACGCUCUCUGCUCUACCUCGCUAACUUUUUUCCUAUUCUCCUAUCAAGUGCAUGAGAAAUCCAUUUUACUCGUGACUGUCCCGGCCCUUUGUCUCAUUCCAAUCUCACCAUUCUCGUCGUUUCUGUUUUCGCUGAGUUCUACUCUAAGUAUGUGGCCAUUGUUACUGAAAGAUCGACUGAUUUUGCCCUGUGCAUUUGUGCUGUUUCGUUCACCUCGUUCUACUGAACCGGAGAAACCGUCUCCUACCUAUCCCUCCCGCAUACUCUGGUCUUUAUUGUCCGGCUAUUGUCUACUUUUCAUUGCACAAACCGUCUGGCACCCGCCAGUUGCCUAUCCCGAUCUGUUCGCUCUGCUUAUUUCUACAUUCUCCUGUGUUCAGUUUAUUCUAUUCUUUCUAUUCUGGAAUUACAAAGUUUUUACGGUGCAAGGGGUAUAG